AUGGUCUGUACCAUUGUACUGUUGGGGUUAGGUAACUCAAGGGUUUUCAGUCCUACAACGCUGGUUCACUUCUUACCAGGACAGAUUGCAAUGAUUACUUGCCUAACAACUCACCUUCUGAGAAACCCUGGGUUGACUUAUAUAUCUGCUAAUGUUGGAGUAAAUGUGACUUUGCCAUGCUACAAUGAAGAUGAUGAUACAAAUCGGCUUUACUGGUUCAAACAAACUCUGGGACAGAAACCAAGGCUCAUCUCAUCCGUCUGUCCUUAUGAUGCAAGACCCACUUUUUAUGAUGAAUUCAACAACAAGUCACGCUUCACAUUUGAUCACGGAAAAAGUACAAAUCACCUGACGAUUUUAAAUGUGCACAUUUCAGACUCAGCAACUUACUACUGUGCAUUUACCAAUCGAUAUGUCGUGAAUUUUGCCUUAGGCACUACUAUCAGUGUCACAGGUUCAGGUUUGAACAUCCCACCUUCAGUCCAUCAGUCAGAAUCUGAGAUCAUCCAGUCAGGAGACUCUGUGACUCUGAACUGUACAGUACACACUGGCAGCUGUGAUAGAGAACACAGUCUUUACUGGUUCAAAAACUCUGAGGACUCUCCAGGACUCCUUUACACCCAUGGAGGCAGGAAUGAUCAGUGUGAGAGGAAACCCAACACACAGACACACACCUGUGUGUACAACCUGCCAAUGGAGAGCUUGAAUCUUUCUCAUGCUGGGACUUACUACUGUGCUGUUGCCUCAUGUGGACACAUACUGUUUGGAAAUGGGACCAAGCUCGACUUUGAAGGUAAGUAAUUUACUAGAUUAUUUAAUGAAGAUUAAAUUAUUAUCCUGGUUGUUCUACUGGCUUUCAUAAUAAACAAGAUGAAGAAAAUGAACAGCUGCCAGUCAACAGAGUCUUCAACAAGAUUUCCAGCUCCGCCCACAGCAGAUUCAGAGGGUUACCAGCGAGCAGAGAAUAUCUACUAUGGUGCUUUGGGUGUCAACCUGACAAACAGAUCAGGAAGACAGAGGGAGCCGACCUGGAGUGAAUGUGUGUAUUACAGCGUAAAGCAGUAG